UUAAGGCUGGAUCGUUUGAACAUAUACCAUUCAAUGGUUCUUAUGAUGAACUCAUGAUACAAAUACCUUUAAAGAAAUUCGAUGCAGUAGCUGGUGAUGUAGCCAUCAGGUCAAGCCAGCUGGACUAUCUGGAUUUCACUCAACUGUACACCGAGUCAGGUGACAAGUUACAUAGCAAUUUGUCAAGAAUGGUGGUGGUUGUGUGGCUCUUUGUGGCACUAAUCAUCACACAGAGCUACACGGCUAGCUUCACGAGCAUGCUCACGGCUCAAAGGUUGGAACCCACAAUAACCAACAUUGAGGUGCUCAGGAACACGAAUGCAACAGUAGGGUACUGAUGAGUUUUUAUAAAAGUAAGUAUUUUUUAACAAGGCUCGAACGCGUGGUUUAAAUAGGUCAGUUCUAAG